AUAAAAUGAAUUAAUCAUUUCACCACCAUUACGAAUUGGCUCUUUACCGCCAUCUUCUCCUCCUCCGCCACCACUCAAUUCCAUGAUAUGGCUGAGUUGACUCAGCCCGAGGUCGUCUACUCAACUCGCUCUCUUCAACUGUGGAGGACGCUCUGGAACUGGCUCGCUUUCUUCUUUCAGAUCUUCCUCCAGAUCCUUCGAGCCUUAGGCCACCUUCCUCUCCUCUCUUCUUCUUCUUCUUCCUCUUCUAACUCUUUCAAGCCUUUGCCAGUCGUUGAGUUGCCGGAGAUUGACUCUCGCACUACUCUUGAGAUCACCGCCGGACGUGACUCCUCUUUUGCUGAUGAGCCUAUCAAAAAACUCACAGUGGUUCUGGACUUGGAUGAAACUCUAAUAUGUUCGUAUGAGACAUCUAGUUUGCCAGCUAUUCUACGUAAUCAAGCAACUGAAGCUGGACUGAAGUGGUUUGAAUUGGAAUGCUUAUCUUCAGAAAAGGAAUGUGAAGGGAAACCUAAAAUCAAUUUUGUUACGGUGUUUGAGCGUCCAGGGCUGGCUGAAUUCCUAAAACAACUAAGUGAAUUUGCUGAUCUUGUGUUGUUUACUGCUGGCCUUGAAGGUUAUGCUAAACCCCUUGUGGACAGAAUAGAUACAGAAAAUCUAUUUAGCCGUCGCCUUUAUCGGCCUUCAACAAUUAGCACGAAAUAUAGGGAGCAUGUGAAGGAUCUCUCUUGUCUGUCAAAGGAUCCUCGCAGAACUGUUAUAGUUGACAACAAUCCAUUUAGUUUCUUGUUGCAACCGUUGAAUGGAAUUCCAUGCGUUCCUUUUUCUGCAGCUCAACCAUAUGAUACACAGCUUCUGGAUGUCCUUCUUCCACUCCUUAAGCACCUCUCUAAUCAGAAAGAUGUAAGACCUGUGUUAUAUGAAAGAUUCCACAUGCCUGAAUGGUUUCAAAAUCAGGGAAUCCCUGCUUCUGGUUGGACAUAGUAGGAUAAGGAUAGAAUGCAAAUGAAAGCUACCAUUCUUUUACCCUCCACACAGGCAGCAUUUUGUGCAGAAGACAACUUUUUGUAUAGCAUUAAUUUGUAUUUCAUAGGCGUUCAAGAAAGUCAUGCAUUUUCAGAAAAAUAAUUCAUCUGUGCUUUCAUCGGGCAAAUAGUCACAAAGGUUAUUUCUUUAGAUUUGUUAAUACUCUGAUUCUUAUUGUAAUUCUGUUUACAUGUUUUCAUUCCUGUUUAGUGUUUAUGUAUCUCUCUGAGAGUCUCAGUUCUGUAAAUUGUACUUUAUCAAUGAUUAUUAAUAGUCCACACAUUUCUGAUUGUUUUAUA